GGUUGCUUAGUUGCCGUGGAUUCACCACGAUCUUCAUGCUGAUCACGGAGAGGGUCUUUCCGCUGCUCGUCUUUGUGCAAGGAAAGUGAUGGAUGUUUGAAAAUCCGAUACGCAGCGGCUCCUGCUGUCCGGCUCGACAGGUCCAGUCUGGAGGGACACAUCCAGCAGCCUGGAGCCUUCAUAAAGGAAAUAUAAGAGGUUGGCCUCUGCAGGACACCAGCUAGACUAAGACUAACAGCAGAGCUCAGCAACAACUCAAUGGCAGGAGAAAGAGCAGUCAGAUCUGGAAGAAUAUAAAUGAAGCUUCAAGUCCGCCUUUUAUCUGAAAUGAACUGAAGCGAGAGAAGUACAGAAUCAUCCGUUGUUUCAUGGAAUUUGUGGCUCCCUUUAGAUGACCAGCAAUGGCAAUGUAUCCAGAUGUGGGGCAUUACCUCUUGUUUGACUUCAUCACUGUCCUCUUCAUUUGCUUUGGGGUUACCUGCCUAGAAAUACCUUUGGAGAUUGAACAGCCUCCAGUCAUCACACAGCAGUCUCCAGCUUCUCAGAUAGCUUUCUCCUUUGAUGAUAACGUCCCCAUUCAAUGCGAGGCAAAAGGAACUCCCGCUCCACAGUUCAAGUGGACAAAAAACGGGUUGAACUACGAUUUCACUGAUGAUCCAAGGAUUACCAGGGUGGAAAAUUCAGGAACAUUCAUUAUUCACAACAAUGGAAACAUAACAGAAUUCCAGGGUAAAUAUCGCUGCUAUGCUUCCAACAAGCUGGGGACUGCCAUCUCAGAAGAAAUUGAAUUCCUUGUGCCAAGCAUUCCGAAGUUUCCCCAUGAAAUAAUUAAACCAAUAACAGUUCAAGAAGGAAAUUCAGUCGUCUUAAAGUGCAAUCCACCGAAAGGCAUCCCGCCUUUGGAAAUAUAUUGGAUGACAAUUGGUCUGCAGCACAUCGAGCAGAGCAGCAGAGUGUCUGUUGGACUUAAUGGAGAUUUGUACUUCUCAAAUGUCGUCGGCCAGGACAGCAGAAGGGACUACUGCUGCUAUGCAGCUUUUCCAAGAAUUCGGACCAUUGUGCAGAAGACACCCAUGACACUAAUUGUGAAAAGAACAAACACGGAUGCGAGUGUACGGCCCAGCCUGAUGACCCCUACUGGUGUUCAUUCUAAUAUAAGUGCCAUGAAAGGAGAAACAGUCAAGUUUGAGUGCAUCGCUGAAGGACUCCCAACUCCAGAGAUUGAAUGGACUAAAGUAAAUGGGGACCUACCACAAGGGAGAACAAAGAAGGAGAACUUUGGAAAACUUCUUAUAAUAUCUAAAGUUACAGAAAAGGACGACGGAAAAUAUAAAUGCACCGCUGCCAAUGAUUUAGGAAAUGUAGAACAUUAUUUCUAUCUUACAGUUGAAGAACCUCCUAAAUGGUCAUAUAAGCCAGAGAGCACCAUCUACUCCAUUGGAAGUGAAGUUCGUCUAAAAUGUGAAGCUGGUGGCAAACCACGACCUACCAUCGAAUGGAAAGUUAACGGAAGACCCCUUAAUGAAGCACAGAAGAGGAACUUAGUGUUGACUGACAAUAAAAUCAUCAUUGCAAACGCACAUCCAGACGACAGCGCCGUCUACCAAUGUGAAGCCGUCAACAAAUAUGGCACAAUACUUGCAAAUGCUGUCAUACUGGUAAAAAAUGUUGCUCCACUAAUCCUUACCAACCUUGAUCAGAACUACACUGCAGUCGAAGGACAGAAGGUCUUUAUACAGUGUGAAGUGUUUGGGUCACCUCGGCCAGAUGUGGACUGGCUUAAAGAUGACCAGCUGAUAUCUACCAGUGACCCAAGGUAUUUUAAACAUGAAAAUGGCAGCUUGGAAAUCAUAAAUGUCAUAAAGGAAGAUUCAGGUCUUUACACCUGUUGGGCAAAAAACACAGAAGGUGAAGCUGCAAUGACUGGUACGCUGGCUAUAACAGAUGCUACAAAGAUAACACAGUCACCAGAAGAUGUUGCAGUUCCAAGAGGAAGCUCGGCUGAAUUAAUGUGCCAGAUAAAGACUGAUUCAGCAUUCAUAUAUGACAUGCAUAUUUCAUGGAGACACAACAACAAAGAGAUUUUCUUUAAUUACACAAAUGGCAGCAGAUUUUUUCUUGAUGAUAGCACAUUACAAAUAGUUAAUGUGAGCGUGGAAGACCAGGGGUUGUACACGUGUGUAGCGAGGAGCCCUUUAGAUGAAGCAUCGGCGACAGCAAAGCUUACAGUGCUGGAUGUGCCUGAUCCACCAACAGACCUGGAGGUGUCUGCAGCAAACAGCAGCAGUGUGACCCUGAGGUGGACUCCUCAAGACAGCCAUAACAGCCCAAUAACUGAGUACAUCAUUGAAUAUGAGGAAGACAGAUGGAAUCCAAACAAAUGGUUUCAAUUGCUAAGAGUUUCUGGCAAUGACAGCUCAGUAGCUGUGAGGAUGAAUGGACAUUUAGAAUAUCAAUUCCGCGUGUCUGCAGUUAAUAAAAUUGGAAGAAGCGAAUCCAGCAAGCCAUCAAAAAGGUACAGAACACCCCCAACAGCACCAUUUAAAAAUCCUGAAAAUAUCAAAACUGAGGCACUGUCACCUAAUGAAAUGAUCGUUAAAUGGGAGCUUUUAAGCCCUUUAGAAUACAAUGGUCCAGGUCUGGAGUACAAAGUGAGUUGGAGACGUAGGGGGACUGAAGAAAACUGGAAUGAACAAAUUGUAAAGAACUAUCCCUUCUUUAUAAAGAAUACACCGACCUUUGUGCCGUAUGAAAUAAAAGUUCAGGCAAUAAAUCAGUAUGGUGGUGCUCCUCAGCCAGAAGCCAUUGUUGGAUACUCAGCUGAGGAUUUUCCAGUGGUGGCUCCUAAGAAUGUAAGUGUUGAGAUCCUGAACAGUACGCUGAUUAAAGUUCAUUGGUCUAGAAUUCCUCAAGACAAAGUGAAUGGAAUUCUCAGAGGAUAUCAGAUAAACUGGUGGAGGUUAAGAAAUCUACUGGAAGAAAAAAAGAGUCAUGGUGAAAAAUAUACUCUGACAUUUUCCGGUGACAGGGACCAUGGGCUGGUUCCAGGACUGAAGCCUUUCUCAGAAUACACUCUCACUGUUAUGGCGUUCAAUGGGAAAGGCAAUGGACCAGGAAGUUCUUCUGUAACAUUUAAAACUCCUGAAGGAGCACCUGAGCAGCCAGCUUUGUUGAAAGUUGCAAGUUUUAAUAAGGAUUCAAUCACAUUAUUGUGGGCACCGCCAAAUGAGCCAAAUGGCCUUCUUACAGGAUACCUGUUAAAGUACCAGUUAAUUAAUAACACAGAUGAACUCGGCAGUCUGCAAGUCGUCAACAUCUCAAAACCUUCAAUAACCAAAUGGAAAGUCCAAGAUUUAGAAGUCAGCAGUAGGUACAAGUUCUAUUUAAGUGCCUGUACGAAAUCAGAGUGUGGAAAAACAGUCACAGAAGAGGGAAUUACCAUCAUGGAUGGAGCGUAUGCAGGCAUGUAUGGAGGUGUUUCCAAUCAAGGGUGGUUCAUAGGACUCAUGUGUGCAAUGGCUCUUCUUACUCUUAUUAUGCUCAUCGCCUGCUUCAUACAACGGAACAAAGGAGGGAAGUAUUCUGUUAAAGAAAAAGAAGAUUUGAAUCCAGAUAAAGAAUCCAGACAAAUAAAUGAGGACAUGUUUUGCGACUACAGUGAAUGUGAAGAAAGCCCACUGAAGGGGUUCCCUCCAUUACUCAAUGAAGAAAUGAAAGCUGACGACAGCGGAGACAGUCUAGCAGAUUAUGGCGAUGAAGAGCACAGCCAGUUUAAUGAGGACGGCUCUUUCAUUGGCGAGUACACAGGACAAAAGGAGAGGAGACCUGCAGAGGUAAACGGAUCAGUAAAAGGUGCAAAUUAGUCCGUUUGCAACAGCUGACUGAAGGGUGAAUAAAAUGGACAAGCAGAGAAUGAAACAAAAUGACUGCUCUUAUGAUUGUACAUUAUGUUACCAUUUUAAACAUCGCUGAAAAUAAAUGACCAUAAAUUAGCAUUGCUCUGAAAUGUAUACUGUUGUUUUAUUUUGUAUUUUGAUGUCUUAAAUGUAAUGAAAAGUACGUGUUCUAUUUAAAAAAAGAAAUCUUGCUUUAUUUUACGAAGAUAAAAAGAAAUUGGCUUUGUUUCAUAUGGGUAGUGCCAAGAUGUAAGAUUACAUUUUCUUUUUUAUAAUUAUGUUAACACAAUAUACUAUAGAUGAAUAAAGGUUAUUUUAAAGUAAUAAACA